AUGAAUACUUCAAGAUCGGCAAACGUAAACUCGGUUGCUGACACAAGUAUCAAUAAUGACAGAAGUUCGAAAAGAGUAAAUACCUAUACACGAAAGACGAGUUAUGGAGGCAACACGGUGAUCAACAAACAACAGCAUUUGGUUGGUGGCAAGGCACCUCGUGACCAACAGCUCGAUGACUUUGGUAGUGCCAACAUACUCGCCUUUUGGAAUGAUGAUUCAAGGCAACAACAACAAAAGAAACAAACAAGUCAUAAGAAGAAGGACAAUACAAUCACAGACGACGAUCAUAGCAUGUACAACAACAAUAACAACAACAAUGAUGAUAAUGAUGAGGAUCAUAGUGAUGACGACCAUGAUCAAGUAGUGGAGGUGGACGAGAGUAUAUUCGAUUUCCCAGCCACACCGGCCAAGGCAAAGACACCCGCCAAGCCACAACAAAAUGGAAGGACGCCCAAUGGCAAGGCGGCCAUCCCCGCCACCCCUUCAACCACAACGACAUCAACAUCCAGCACAGCUACAAAAGCAUCCACCAACAACAAAACACCGGCCAAGUCACCGGCCAAAGCGAGUGUCACGCCGGCCAAGUCGCCAGCAAAGGCAGGUACCACACCGGCCAAGUCACCCGCCAAGACAGUCACAACUCCAUCAAAGACUGCCGCGACCAACACAUCAACACCCUCCAAGUCACCAUCGUCGACACCAAAGGGUCGUGUCUGUUGCAACACUACAUCUGAUGUCAAUGGCGUCACCAGCAGCGCUGUCAAGUUGGCGGCUGGCCCAGGUGCCACACCAAAGGCCCUCAAGCCGGCCAUCAAGAGCAAGGGCCCAGAGUACCCCAAGUCGCCAGACACAGCCAAAUCCUUCAGCAUGGCAGACCCCGCUGACGAUCCCAUCCCCUUCCAACUCCAACAGCAGCAGCAACAACAGGCCAAGAACGUAUCGUGGAACAACAAGGACGAGGUCGAGUUGUUUAGAAAGGACGAGAUCGCGGCCAAGGCCAAGCUGGAGCAGGAGCGCAAGGAAGCCCGCGAGGUGCUCGAGCGUGAGAAGCAACGAAAGAUGGAGCGUGAGCAAGCCGCCAGGGAGGAUCGUGAGAGGCUGGAGCGCGAAGAACGCGAGCGCAUGGAACUGGAGGAACAGGAGCAGGAGCGUCUGGAGUUGGAGCGCGUCAAUGCACAGAAGCAGCGCAGAAAGGAGAAGCUGGAGCGAGAGAAGCUGGAGCUUGCCCGAAAGGCACAAGAGGCACUGGAGGAGCGUGAGCGCGAGCUCUCCUCAGAGAUGAAUCAGAGACUCAACCAACACAUCAAGCGUGGCGUGGACGCCACUGAGACCACCGACACAGAGAUGGACGACGACACUGCCUAUCAGAGACAGAUUGAGAACCUGCUCGCCAACAAGAAGGCCGACAAUGACAAGGUCAACAAGUUGAUGCAGAUGAACGCCCGCGAGAAGGAGCUCAUCUUACAGAGGAAGCAAGAGGCCAAGGCUCAGGCCGAAGCCAAGGUACUGGCCCAAAGACAGAGACAGCUCGACAUGGAGGCUGAGAUGGAGCAACAGAGACUGAACAAGGAGGCCGAGCUGGAGCAACAGAGACUCAACAAGGAAACCGAGGCUGCCGAGCGCAAGAUGAUGUUGCAACUCGAGCAACAAGAGCUGGAGCUACAACAAAAGAGACAGGCUGCCGAGGAGACGGCCGCCGCCGCCGCUGCAUCUGCCACAAAGAAGGUCCAAGCCGCUGCCAUCGAGACCAAGAAGGCCUUGAGCAAAGAAAGCCAGAAGGCAAAGAAGCAGCUGUUUGAGGAACAAAAGAGGCUAAAGAUACUGCAGGAUGCCGAGCGCGCGAGGAAGGAGCACGAGGACAGACAGAAGGAGCUGGCCACCAUACAUGACAAGAUCAAUGAGCGCGAGAAGUACGUAGUAGAGAUGGCCGCCAAGAUGCGUUUAGAGCGCGAAGAGCGCAAGACACGCGAGAAGGAGGAGAAGGCUCGCAAGGCCAAGCUGGAGAAGGAGCGAUUGGAUCGCGAGGAGAAGGAGAUGCAGAUGCGCCUCAAGGCCUCCCUCUCGAGCCUGCUCGCCACACCCAGCUCCAUCAUGAUGGAUGUGCCAAGUACACCACUGGGCGCCACCAACGGUCGUCUUCAGACUCCAAGCGUAUCUGUAUCUUCUUCAGCACGCUCAAAGUACGCCAACAACAACAACAUCAUCAACACUGCACAGAAGCAGCCCCAGGGUGUGAUGAACACUCCACUUUUGUCGACGCCCAUGCUGUCCAUGUCCAGACCAGUCGAGUCCGAGGCAGACAAGAGGAAGAGAUUGGCAAUGUUGUUUGAUGUCAAGCUGCCCAACGUACCAUCGACCCCAUCCACUGCCACCAAAGCCAACGCCACCGCAACCAAGAGACGUGCCGCCGCCAUGGCCUCAAGCAAGCCCAUCAUGCCAGCCGUUCAGUUUAGCAUGGACCUUCUUGGCGACGUCACCUUCCAACUGCCCAACUUCUCGCCACCCAAGGCGCUCUCAUUCGACGACGAGGAGGAGAUGAUGGAGAACAUCAACAACAUGGAUGAGGAGGACAUGGACGACGAAGACCAACACAGAGAGGAGUCGGCAACACCUCCAAAGAACAAUGCCAUGUCGAUGGCUGAUCUGGUGCCAGGCGUGCACAAGACACCGGGCACAUCUGCGCAGAAGAGACGUCUACAGCAGUCGGCCCUGAAGCUGUCCACACAGAAGAACAGUAUCUACCAGUCGAGCAACAGCAGCCAGAGCACACAUGGAUAUCCAGACGAGGAGGCCUUUGGCGACAGCGAUGACAAUGGCGACGAGCGAUCAUUUGUCAAGCUGACCGACUCUAUCAACUAUGCCGACCACGAGGCUGAGCCUGAUGGAGACGCAUCUCUCAACGACUCGGAUCUGUUCAAGUCCGCCGUCAAGUACCGUCCUGCCAACAUGACUAAGAAGUCGUCGACGGCUACGCCCGCCGUCAAGAUGACAGUACUGGCCGAUAGUCCAUUGGCCACAGACACAUCGGCCAUGUCAACACCUGGAUUCAAGUCGGAGCAGGAGGACAUGCAUGAGCACGAGCAGACACCUCAGAGAAAGAAGACCAAUGCCAAGACCAAGAAGGCCGCCACCGUUGCACCCGCCGCCGCUUCCAAGAAGACACUGACGACCAAGGCCAGUCUCAAACCAACCAGAUCAUCUGCGACAAUGAUGGAUGAGGACGAUGAUGAGGUCGACGAGGAUGCAGCCAAGCGUCCAAAGAAGAAGGCCAAGUCCAAUGCUGUGGCCGUCGCUGAGCCCUCACCAGCCAAGCAGCCACCUCCCCCAUCCUCUGCCAAGAAGGUCAGCUUCCAAGAGUUGCCAGAAGUGUCACCCAUCGUCACACUUAGCACCAAGAGGGCGGCUGGCAAGCCAGUGGCCAUUGUACCACCAAUUGCAGAAGCAGCCAAGGCGUCGGCAAAGGCAGCAGCAAAGGCAGCAUCAGCAUCAACAUCAACGGCAACGACUCAGCAGACACAGCCAUUGGUUGGAAUUAAUCGAACGGGACCAAAGCAGAUGAUAUUGGCCAGUGUUCGAAACGCAUUGGAGCGCAAAGAGAAGAUCACCAAGCUCAACGCCAUCACAUCGUCCCUAAAGAAGGUGAACCAGAGCAUCGCACACACCUCGAGUAAGCCAGCCAUUCAAAUGGAUUCGUUGGAGGAGGAAGAGGACAACAACAACAACAACAACAAUAAUGUAAAUAAUAACAACGACAACACUUCAUCAACAUCAACAACCUCAACAUCAUCAACCUCAACAACAUCCAAGAAGCCGUUGAGUACAAGAAGAACAAACAAGAAGGCUGCCACAUCCAGAAAAGUCUCCAACAACGAGGAGGAUGAUGAGGAGGUUGAUGGCGAUGUCGCCCAACCACCGCAACCAACAAUAAGCAAAUCAUCAGCACCAUCAGCACCAGUGGCAGACUCAUUCAUCACACUAAACAGACCAAAGAGAACAAUCACCAGGAGAAAGGUGUAUUGA